AUGGCUCACCGAGGAAACGACGAUUCACCCAGGGCCGUCUUUUCCAACAAAGAUGCUCCAGGAACAGUUAAACAAGUUGUCAUGCCACGGUCGUCUGUGCCGGCGCUCCGCAUCGAUACCUCUCAGCCUCCAACGGAGCCGAUUCACAAUCCCUACGCCGGGUUUGAACUCACUCUGCAGCGGUAUCCUCUACAAGACAAAACACCGACAUCAUCACGACAGCUGCACAGCCACCGUUUAGGAACUCGAAAACAGCAGCAAAAUCAGCACGACGACCGGCCCGACCAGACGCACCAACAGGGACAGGGCGAUCCACAGCAGCACCAGGCAAGUCAGCCGCUCCCAAAGGAGUUCUACUCCCGAAGGCACCAGAGGCUUCAAGCACAAAAUCCACAGCAUGUCAUUCGGGGGCCGGCCUGGGGCAAGAUUCGUCGGGAAGACAAGUUUCCGCCACCGGUGCGUCCGGCUUCGGUAUCCCCUCAUCCCGAUCAUUCUAUGUACCCGUCGUACAAAUUCAUCCAGCCAAAUUUUGGAAUCGUGCACGAUUAUCAGCGACCGCUGCAGACGCCCGCUACAGCAAUAACGAGGCCCAGCCACACAAUAUUAUCGCAGUCACACUCUGGUCCCGGCUCCGAGCCUCUGACCGCCAUGUCGCUGGCAGCCGGAGAAUCGCUGCCAUUCCAGCUCAGAAGCCCUCUUCCAGCUGAGCCAGUUCCACCGAAACGAAGUCGUUCUUCUUUGCAAGCUCACGAGGCCUACUCUCGACCACUGCCACUUCGUCAGCAGAUUGUUUCAAAGCGACAAAGGCGGACGCACAAGCAUCAAGGAGCCCAACGACAGGCGGCGUACCCGAUUCCCACGCCCAAUCCAAUGCAGCAGCACCCUCGUCCUCUUCCUCUGCCGCCGCCGCAUUCAUCCUCCAGCGCUGGAUCCGGAUAUGAUGUGAAAGAAACGAUCCUAGACUUUCCAAUGCCGCCUCCACCACAUCCGUCAGCCAACUUCUUUCCUUUCCUUAGACCGGCGCCAGCUUCGCAGCCACGCGCAAGCCCUAGAACGAAUGUCAAACCAUUGUGUCCAUCCCCCCAUCAGCACUGUGAUGACAAUGGUGCAGUCUUUCCCGAAGCUCCGGUGUCUAGCCACAGCCCCAUUCCGUAUGCAAACAGGGAACCCAGGGUUACCAGCGUGGAAGGCGAGGUUGGGCCACGUACAGCAUACAAGGCCGGUUUCAAAGUCCCUCGGAUCAACCUGUCUCAGAAACUCCCACAGGCCAGUGGAUCCAUCACACCGUCCAUGGUCACGCCAAAAGCUUCUGCUUUCGCCCAUCACAGUGUCAGCUUUGGCGGUCGCGAGGAGAGCUAUUCUCAUGGAGUACAUAUUUCUCAAGAGGAGAACAUGUGGGAUGCUGAAAGCGCAAGUGGAGAAAACAGCCGUCAGCACGCGCAUAGUAAUUCCCAUGCCGACACAAUGACAGCAGAUAUCAGCUCAUUAACCCUACCAUAUGGUCACACAACCCCAGUCGUUCAACUUCUCAACAAGUCUCCAUUUGUUGAUGUCAUACACGGCAUUCUCGCGGAGGCUCGCACUGACACUUUUCCCCUACCAGCCAUUCAGUCGGCAAGGCCGCAGGGAGAAGUCGGUGACUUUCAACAGUCUUUGGACUCUGCUCUCCUGUUGUCUCAAAACAGCGCUUCGCAGCCAACUGUGUCUGCUAUGUCUUCCAUUAACCAUAGGCCCUUGUUUCGACUGCCGCACGCCGAGCCUCCCAAUUCAUCACAUCUUGCGUCCUGCGUAGAGAAAUACUCUACCCACAUCCAGGCUCUUUAUCACAUCCUGCCACCACAACGCCUCGGCCAACUCGUGGGUAGUUUCCUGGGGCGUUCUAAGACGGCUGAGCGACCGCAAAAAAGCAUCGUCGCGGACCUAGUCCCGUUCCAGGCACAAGUUGAGCUAGCGAUUGAGUAUCUUGUCUUUGCAUUGGGAGGACUUUGCUGGGCCAAGUGGGACAAUACCAUAUUUGACUCUGGGCCUGUAUUCUCAGAUCGGGCCACAAACAUCCUUUAUCAUCUGUCCGGGAAACUAGCUGCUGAAAAACGUAAACAAGCCUCCAGUGCUACUACGAACAGUACUCACGGUUAUCGGCCGGCAGAGGCCGCAGGCACUUCUACAUCGGCGCCGGCUCCCACACUCGACUUAGCACGGGCGUAUCUUUUGGCAGCGUUGCUAUGUGGACAGCUGGCACGGAUCCAAGAUGCAGCUGGCCACGUCCGGAACGCAGGCAACAUUGUCCAUUUUCUCAUCCAUCGCCCAGGGGGUGAAGGAGGACACGGCGCCAUCCAAGGCUUCUACGGUCUGUCCCUCAUUGACUACAACCAGUAUCCACACAGGCUUGUCGAGGACGAACGGCAGCUGGUCGCCCUCUACUGGACUUGUGUGCAACUUGAGUUCGAGAUUAAUGCGGAGACGGGACAAACCCCUUCUGAGCUUCUUCGGUAUCAAGCCAUGGUGCCAACACCAGAUUCUGAUAUUUUGAGAUUUCCACAUGAUAAAGGCGACGACACCAUGAUGGCCGGCAUGGAGGCAGUCGUUGGUGGUCAGACGGAGAGCGAGACCGAGAGUGAGCAUGUGGCCAUUGGCGGCUUCAAGAUGCAGACCACCCUGCGAGGUCACCUCAACUGCAUCUACGGUGAGGCACACGGGGACAACGGUUUACCAACCCAAGAACAAAAACGAAAAAUCGACACGGCUGUUGCCAACCUCCGGCGCCAGUUCGAUGCCGUCUUGUCAGGCCGUGCAACAUUGCCCCACACAGAAACCAGUGUCCGGACGGCUCGCGCGUGCUCCGCCUAUUGGGAAGCCAGGUCCUAUGGUGUGCUCUUCAGCCUGCUCAAGCCGCAGCAACAUGUCGACAUGGAGGAGAUGGCCGAGGUUGUGUGCAGUAUGACCGAGACGAUCAGGGCGUACCAUGGCCUCGAGAGCGACCGUCUCAUACUGCCCAACGCAUUUGGGACAGCUAUGCUCCAAUGCCGCUACUUGCUGCUCCUUUUCGCAGCCUCCCGCGCACUGCCUGCCCUGGCGGUCUUUGUUGACGAUGUCUCCCUACGCGAGCUGAUUGACCACACACUGCUGUCGUUCCAGGAGCUCCUCAUGUUCCGGGACAUUCUAGAAGCGGCUCGGCAAGUGCUGAGAACAAUCCGAGCAAGACUGCAGCCGCAUGGAGGGAGCGGCCCCGUAUUGCAGCCAGACCCUAGCACCAUGCCCGAGCUCUCCCUGUAUUGCCCACCAUUCAGGACAGUGCCGGGGAUCGCCUCAAGCAUUCCAACGGCCAGCACGAUGGAUUCGUUUAUCUCAUUCCCGACCCCCAACUCGCCCCACCUUUUCCCGUCCUCUGCUUUCACGUCUCCGCAGCAUUCGCCCAGCAUCUCGGCCACGUCGUCUUCCCCGUCCCCACGGUCGGCCACGUUUGUGCCAGGCAGCCUGCCAUUCCGGCCUGAGACCAUGGCCAUUCUCGCCCCAGCAUCCGGCCCAGGACCCAUAUCGCCGGGUGCCGUCUAUCCGCGUCCUCCAAAUGCGGCACCGCCAGUCAACGCCUUGCCCAUCCAGGCGAACCGGGUAGCGGCCAACACGGCCAAUUUUGACGGCUUUGCCUACCAUCUGGGUCUGUCUCUCUUUGGACGAGGUUGA